CGAAAAGACGUCGGCGUCCAUUAUACCGUCCAAAGAAAAAACGCGCGAUCUAUACAUCUAGAAAAGUUUUUGGAUACUUCGAACGCAAGUUCUUUGUUUAUCAUUGAAAAAUUAAAAAAAAUAUUUACGUUUAUGUUUGUUGGUAUUCUCGAUUUUGUUUGGCGGAAUUUAGUGGUUUAUUAACUGGGACUUCCGGCGUCGUAUCGCACUCGGCUUAUGCCCUCGGGUAUUAUACGGCAAUUGAGAGUAGCUGGUGUCUCCUCAACUCGGCAAACUGACCUAACUAAAAUCCCCCUAUAGGACAAACGGCGGAAGAAAUGAGACCGCCAAUUGUGGUUCUUCCACCAGCAUCUGGCUUGCACGCGAUUACCACGAUGACGACGACACUCCAAGCUUCGUGAAUUGGCUGGCGUCGUCGUCAAAAUGUCGCCGCACUCGACCGGAGUCUUCGUCUUUGUCGUUUUGGUAGCGAUAGUACAUUGGCGUGCACCCCCUGGGGCACAAGCCAGACUCAUACAGAAAGAACUUUUAUCAGAUAGUUGUCCGCCACCACAAUUAGCAUUAAAUGGCACAGAAACUGUUGAAGGCGAUAAUAGAAUAACACAAGAUUACAAGCAAGUCAGAGAAGUCAAGUUUUUCGGAUCUAUUGGUCCUUUGGGAGAGAAGAGGUUGUGUAAGAUAAAGUGCAUCGGCGGACAGUGGGUUGGUCCGCUAUGCGUCAACCAACAAGGUAACGGACGCUUUCAUCCACUGUUCAGGAGUUGUAAACUGGAAUAUAUCAAUCCACAUCUGUUGGUAACCUUCCGAAAUGUGUCCAUACACUCCGCAGGUUGGGUCUUCCCACAUGGUGCAAAAUUGCACGUUCGCUGCCGUGAACUCGGCCUUUACAAACUCUUGGGGGCAGCAUCAACGCGUUGUCAGAACGGAGCGUGGUCUACGCGGCUUCCCUCUUGCGUACCCACGACGCUACUAACCAACUUUACCGAGGACGCGCCUCCAACCAUUUUGAUCAGGAUACCGUCCGGAUCGGCAAGCGUAGAACCUGCGGGCGAAUUGGCUGUUUUCCCAGGAUCCACUCUGCACCUAGAAUGCCUGUUUUCUCGGCGUCUCGGAUCUCCGGACUGGACAUGGACCUCUCCCCUGGGACAAUACCUAACGGGUUGGGCAAUUGCUUCUGAGGAAAGAGAUUGGAAAUAUAGACUAUCUAUUUAUUACUCGAAACCGCAAGAUUCUGGCACUUUUACUUGCGCAACUCCGCGUGGGAUCACCAACAGCAUAUCUUUACAUGUCGCUGCAAUCCAUUGUGAACCUAUAUCAGUAUCCGGGAUGCAUAUUACCGUACGAGUGGAAGGAACACGGUUGGGACACACGGCAAUUUUCCAAUGUCCUGUAGGAUUCAGGAUUAAUGGGACGGCCAAUAUUACCUGUCAGGCUUCAAGUAAAUGGUCUGCGCCAGUUCCUAAUUGUGAACCGGUGCGUUGUUCGUCUCUUGACACAUCAGCCGUACUUUACGAGCCUCACCUCCAGCUUGAAGAACACAACUCGAGCUAUGGUGGCCGAGCUGUGUUUAGCUGCGCCUGGGGUUACCGUCUGAUGGGGCCCCCGGGUCUCGAGUGCGAAUUAAGCGGUAACUGGAGCGGUCCGCUACCCAAAUGCGUCCCUAUUCAAUGUCCUCCACCGGUUGCUCCAAUCCACGGCCACUUGAUUCAAUCGGAAUCCGCCGGGAUGGAUGGAGGUCGGUAUGCUGUUGGGAGUCUCGUUCAAUUCGCUUGUAGAGGAGCACAUGUUCUUGAAGGUGAAGCUUCUAUCAUCUGUACGGAAACUGGAUAUUGGUCUCAUCCGCCACCGUUCUGUAAACCAAGAUGUCCUUAUGUUGGUGAACCAGAUAACGGUUCUGUAGUACCAUCUAAGUUUGCAUAUGAACCGGGAGAUGAAUUACAAGUGAUUUGCAACCCAGGAUUCGAAUCACCGUUAGAAGCGCGACCGAAAUGCCUACCGGAUGGAAAAUGGUCCGUUCCAUUACCCCACUGUACCAAUUAUUCGCAAAUAUAAUAAAUGUUAAAAAAAAGAUUUAAAUUAUUUUCCGUUGUUUUGUACGAAAAUUUACACACUAAAACAAAAAAAAAUGUUUGCCCUCACGUGAAAUUUUGUACUUUCGAAAAUAUAUCAAUAAUUUUUAUGUAAUUAUGUAUGAUAAUAUGGAGUGAUAUUAUUAAAUGGAUGAAAAUACAAUAGAGAGUAAAACAAGAAAAUUCUAAAUAAAAAGAAGUAAAUAAAAUAAAAAAAAAACUCCAGAGAUGAUAGAAUAUAUCAUAAGGCCUUCGAAUGUUAUAUGUCGUAGUCAAUUUUUAUUAGUGUGUUCAAAAUAAAUGUAAAAUUAUUUAUA